UGACACUCUAAGAUGGCCGCCACAUAAUUCAUUCAAGAAAUUUUCUUUGUUUUCGUUUAAGUUUUCCCCGUGCAAAUCGCCCGAGAAUCCACCCGUAGCGCGUCCGGCGGAGUCCCCGAGGUGCGCGCCCAACCAGCGGCAGUUCGAGAGCACGCGUGUGCAUCUCGCCGCCGCCGUGUAGCAUCGCGUCGGUGCGAAAAAAAGAGUGUGUGCGAGUGCGGAGUGUCGGUGGUGUUCGUCGGGUCUAGAAUGAGACGCGGCGAGCGCUCGAAUCUGCCAGAGGAGGAAUCUCGAGGAAUUGUCGCAUUCGGGUUGCGCUGCAUAAAUAAGGUGUCAAUUCACCUUUACGUAUCCGCACUGUGUGUUUGAGCAUCCAAUUGGAUAAGAGAGUGUAGAAACGACUCUAUCGCCUGCUAUGUGCGCUUCCGGCAAAAGUGGUCGAAGUUGGAUAAUUGCGAUGUGAAGUAGGACCAUGGGCCAGCAGCCCGGCCUAAUCAUCAUGAACAACAGUGCACCAGCCCGGUCUUCGGGCUACCAUCAGAAGGCGAUGGAAGAGAUCCACAACUCGCUGCAGCCAUUCGCCAAGAUUGGCGGCGGCGGCGAGGGUUCGUCCGCCGCCAGCACCAUCAGUAAUCUAUCGACGACCAGCGGCGUAAGUUCGCUGAGCUCAGCUUCCGGUUCAAACGGCGCCGAUAAGGAACUGCAUCAACUGCGGCAAGUACUCGCACAAUUGCUAGCGAUGGGAUUUGCCGAGGAGCAGUCGGUGCGCGCCUUGCAGGCGUCCGGCGGACGGCUGGACGGCGCCAUCGACUAUUUAAACAAGCAGCAGGCGGAAGGCGGUAAAAUCAAAUUGAUGCGUAAGCCCAGUAUUGAUCGCGAGAUAAGUAUGCAUCGCGGUAGUCCGGCGUUGGAUAGCGGUGCCGGCAGUUCACGCUCCGAUAGCCCACGACUCACGGAUUUACAUCCGCCUGUGAGUCGACAGUAUUCGCCGAGUAACUUUAAUGAACCACCGCCGCCUCCCCCGCCACGUAACACGCCUCCGCCGCCACCACCGCACGGACCGUAUCAGUCUGUGCCGAAUAAUGUGCAGCAAAUGUUGAAGCGGAUGUCACCGGCGCCGGUGGUGCCGGCCAGGGCACCGCCAGCCGUACCGGUUUAUAAUUCGCCCGCCUCAUCGCAGCGAGGCACUAGUCCCGUCUCGAAUAUCCCCAAUUCGAGGCAGCCGAUGGUCGUUCAGAACGGUCCGCAGGUGCAGCAGCAACUCUCGCAGCAAAUGCAAGCGCUUAGUUUGUAUCCAACCGGCGGUAGUGCUUCCGCUGAGCCACCACCUCCGUAUCCUCUCAUGACGAAGUCGCAAUCGACGCCACCACCACCGCCGUCAUACGCUGCGUCGAUACAGAAUCGUCACUCCCCGACGCAGGACUUUCGAAAAUCGCCGUCGUCGGGAAUCUAUUCCGGUUCAACUUCAGCGGGGUCUCCCAGCCCUAUACCGGUAUCGACUACGACGCCUACAUCCAUGACGCGGCCAACGCCUGUACCUGCAUGGGGUGCGCGGCAGACGAAAACCCAACCGCCUAUUAUUAUGCAAUCGGUGAAGAGUACCCAGGUACAGAAACCGGUGUUACAAACUGCCAUUGCGCCGACGACGCCCAUCUCACCAACGAGCACGACGCCACCAGCUACGCAACCACCACCGCCUUCUUACAACGCGUCGAUUCAACAGAAACAAUACGCGAGUAAACCGGCAGCGCCUUUGCCGCAAACUCAGCCGGCGACGAAGACGACUAAUAAUGUGAUCGUGCCAACUACGGAACCGCCAAGUUAUGCUAGUACAAUGCAGGCGAAGGCGAAAGCUGUGCGUGUUAAAGGCCACUCACCAUUGCAACCUCCGCCAUACGGUGAGGAACAAUACGGCGCGCAGGUUGCAAGUGUUGAGAGCACGGUGUCUCCGAGGGCUUCCUCGCAGUUACAUCAACCGCUACAGCGGAAGUAUUCACCGAUUGUUGAUCGAUCGGAUAGUCCACAAUCAACGACGUCUUCCACUGAGGGGCGGCAUAAUUAUCCCGAGGCUGCGCCACCUCUUCCACCAACAGCUUCCUCAUCUGUAAAAAGCAAUAAUAACCAUGCAACUAACGGAAAUGGGAAUCCAAGUGAUAUACCGCCACAACUGCCACCACACACGAAAAUCAAGCAUCAAUCACCCAUUCCCGAACGUAAGAAAAUCAGCAAAGAGAAAGAGGAUGAACGCCGCGAUGGUAAAGUCAAAAACUACUCACCGCAAGCGUUCAAAUUCUUCAUGGAACAACACAUUGAGAAUGUUAUCAAAUCCUACCGCCAGAGGGUGUAUCGAAGGAUGCAACUCGAGACGGAAAUGAAUAAAAUCGGUUUAUCUCCAGAGGCGCAGUGUCAAAUGCGUAAAAUGCUCUCGCAGAAAGAAUCCAACUAUAUUAGGCUAAAACGCGCAAAGAUGGACAAGACGAUGUUCCGGAAAAUUCAACCGAUUGGUGUUGGUGCCUUCGGAGAGGUGACGCUAGUAAGCAAGAUUGAUACAAAUCAUUUGUAUGCAAUGAAAACACUGCGGAAGGCAGACGUGCUGAAACGAAAUCAAGUCGCGCAUGUGAAAGCCGAAAGAGAUAUUCUUGCCGAGGCUGAUAACGAAUGGGUGGUAAAGUUGUACUACUCCUUCCAGGAUAGUGAUAUAUUGUAUUUUGUCAUGGAUUACAUCCCGGGCGGUGAUUUGAUGUCGCUGUUGAUUAAGCGAGGGAUUUUUGAAGAACCUUUGGCGAGGUUUUACAUCGCGGAGUUGACUUGUGCGGUGGAGAGUGUGCAUAAGAUGGGAUUUAUUCAUCGCGAUAUCAAACCGGAUAACAUUUUGAUUGAUAGGGAUGGACAUAUCAAACUGACAGACUUUGGUUUGUGUACUGGGUUUAGAUGGACGCAUAAUUCGAAAUAUUAUCAACCAAAUGAACACGCGAGGCAAGACUCCAUGGAACCUAUGGAGGAUUGGAACGAAGAGUGUCGGUGUAAAUUGUUGGAAAGACGACGACAGAUUGAGCAUCAACGCUGUUUGGCGCAUUCAUUGGUUGGUACACCUAAUUAUAUCGCCCCAGAAGUCCUACAGCGUACGGGGUAUACUCAAUUGUGCGAUUGGUGGAGUGUUGGUGUCAUUUUGUAUGAGAUGUUGGUGGGUAGUCCGCCAUUUUCAGCGAAUACUUCAGCAGAAACACAAUAUAAAGUUAUCCAUUGGGAAACGACACUGCACAUACCGAAAGAAGCCAAUCUGACGAAAGAGGCGACCGACCUGAUCUUAAAACUGUGUUGUAGUGCGGAGAAGCGGAUAGGUAAAAACGCUAGUGAAGUGAAAUCGCAUCCGUUCUUCAAAGAAAUCGACUUCGAGAAAGGUCUACGCCGCCAGCAAGCGCCAUACAUCCCGCGCAUAGAUUACGACACGGACACGUCCAACUUUGACCCGAUAGAUCCGGACAAGUUGCGCAAUUCGACGUCGAUGGACAGCACGAAUUCGGACGACUUCAUCGACAACUCGCGUCCGUUCCACGGCUUCUUCGAGUUUACAUUUCGUCGUUUUUUUGACGACGGUGGCGGGCCCGCCUUCAAUCGCAUUAAUCUAGACGACAAUGACAAUCAGGGACCCGUCUAUGUAUAAUUAACAGUAUGUCGCAAUCUGACGUUAAACACGAAGUGAGCGUAUGACGUAAAACGAGAAACAAGUGGAGCGUCGCAGGUAACAUGGCGGCCGUUUUUCUUGCCUAGCUAAGAGAGGAAUCCGAUGAAUAUUUUCGAAAAAUUUGAGCUCGAGCGGAUUUAAACUGGGGAGGGGGGCUAUGAAUGUAAAUUGCAUACUUACAGGCGUUGCGCACUUGGAUUGAAUUGUAAAUUCGAUUGGAUUGCGCGUCGGUUGUGCGUUCGAAUUGGUACAAUCGUAAACAGGGUAAAUUCUAAUUGGAACAGAUGCAUUGUGUUAUAUUUUUAUACGAAAUUUUACGAGUUAUGUGAUAAGGGGAAUACAUUGGAAGUGUAUACGAAUUAGGAAGAUGUAAUUCUAUUAGCCAAAAUGGUGGAACAAAACGACAGCCCCGAAGUGUAAUUGAAAAAAAGCUCUAAACGUGCCUUAUUUACUCUAAAUCGAAAUCAAUCAUCAAAAACAAACAUAAAGCAACUCUGAGGCCUUACACACGCGUACGAAAGAUGAAAAUUGAAAAAAACUUAUUCGCACAUGAUGGCGACUUGUUUAUUAACUUUACUAUAAAUAUUAAUAUUUAUUGCUCAAUGAUUAUGAUAAGAAUCGACAGUUGACUAUAAACAUGUAAAAAGUACAAUACUUAUGAUUAAUUGAUCAUUAAUAAUGUUAUGUUUAGUUGUUUUAGAUAGAGCGUAUUAUGUUGCUAUUCGAAUAUUAAUUAAUCUACGAUUAUUGCUGUUACAAACGAAACAAGAUAUUCUCUGAGAGUUUUUUUUUGCUCGAACGUCAUGUUUAACUAUCUAUUGAUAUACAAAUAUCUUCCAACUAUUCAAAGUGAAGAAAACGAGCAUGCAGUAUGAUAUGAUUUAAGAAUGGUGCUAAUUUAUUACUAUAUUACGAUUGUAGGUAAUAUUCGCGAGGUUCAACUAGGAAGAAAAACUUUAGAAACUGAGAUGAUCGUACAGUAAUGUGAUAAAAGUACUGGAUGUCGAUGGGGGAGUCCUUGAUAUUGUACGCGUAAUUCCCACCUUGUUUAGUAGUACGUUUUUAUUUUGUUUUUUACAUAUUUAAUUCUCUUCUUUGAUUCUUCGAUUUGUUGUUUUCUCUUGUCCUAUUUUAUAUUCGUGUCCGUAUUCAACGCAAACCAGUCUUAAUUUAACGGUAGUUAGGUUCUAGCGAGCGCUGAAAAUUGAAUAUUACGUGUAUGUUGUGUGCGUGCGUUUGUUAUUUGCGAAAAAUCGAUUUUAUGUUGAGGAUGACAAGCUGAUGAUGAAGCUCAUAGCUCUGGAUGCGCACAGCACUGGAUCUUCGAGUCAAAGAAUGCCUAGUUAGCUUGUAACUUGUAAUUGUUUCAGGAUCAGUAGAUGAUCAUCUAAUUUAAUUUAACAAUUUAGCUACAUACUUAGGUUUUAUUCAUUGAGAUACGGACAAUACUAUGUUAUUUAUAAAUUAUUUAAGUCGGUAUGUAAUUACAGUUAAAUUAACACUAGCUAGCCGUACGAAGGAGCGCGAAUUGGGUUGAAUUUUAAAUUUAAUCGGACUAGAGGAGAAACAGCCAUCAAGCACAGCACGAGGAAUUUGUAUAUUAUGUAUAAUACUCUAUUAUUUUUUUGUAAAUAGUAAAUAUUAUCUUAAAAAUAAACUAUUGUAUAUUAAUAUUAUUAAAAUGGAAAAAAGUGAAGUAAAGAAUACAUUUUACUUGA